AUGGAUUUGCUUAAAUUUCUUGUGACGCCGCUGCUGCUAUCUCUUCUAACCUAUCAAACCUAUGUGGGCACAGCAUCGGAUGAUGAAGAUUUCUUCAAACAAUGUUCAUCUCACAGGUGCAGCAAACAUGGACCAGAGAUCCGGUUCCCGUUCGGGCUGUCAACUCACCCACCAUCAUGUGGCGCACCUGGCAUGCAGUUAUCGUGCUCCGGGGAUGACAUAAUCCUGGAUCACCCUGUUCUUGGCUCCUGCAAAGUAACCGAGAUCUAUUACAGAGAUCGUGUCAUCAACGUCACCCCGCUUGUGGAACCAGCGACACAGUGCGCACUUCAGAAGCUCACCUCAACAAAUUUAGCAACUGAUGUGUACAAACUACCUCCAUCACCAACGACCCUGGUACGUUGUUCAAGCGAAUUCAUACCUGCAGAUCCAUCCAGUGUAGCUGGCCCAGCUGCUUGUCACAGUAACAACGCAACCCAGUUCUGGUAUUUGGCGGCGUCAGCUUAUGCAUACAUAUAUGAUCUACCACGGGACUGUGAGGCCGUUUCUAGAGGCAUUCCAAUACCCUACAGCUAUGAUAUAGAUGGCCCAGACAUAGGAAACAAGUUUGUCUUCAACAAAAAAGCGAGUACAGUCAUCAUUUUUGGUGAAACAACAUUCACUUGGCACCUCAGUAACCUUACCGAUGUCUGCCAAAAGUGUGAACAAGAAGGUCGACACUGUGGAUUCAGUUCACGCAGCCGUCAAGCAUUCUGCCAGCCCCGUGGCACGCAUGUCAUCCCAAUUGCAGCAUCAUCUGUAGCUGCAUUUAUAGCUCUUUCAUUGGUGGUAGCCGCAACGCUCUACCUCUCCUUAAAGUCAAGGUAUAAUGAAGAGAUAAAUAAGAAGGUCGAAAUGUUUCUCAAGGCAUAUGGCACAUCGAAACCCACAAGGUACACUUUCCCUGAAGUUAAGAAGAUAGCAAGACGGUUCAAGGAUAAACUCGGCCAGGGUGGAUUUGGAAGUGUAUACAAAGGCGAGCUACCAAAUGGAGUUCCUGUGGCAGUCAAGAUGCUAGAGAGCUCUACAGGAGAGGGAGAGGAAUUCAUCAAUGAAGUUGCAACCAUUGGACUAAUCCACCAUGCAAAUAUCGUCCGUCUUUUGGGCUUUUGCUCCGAAGGAAUGAGACGGGCUCUUAUUUAUGAAUUCAUGCCUAACGAGUCACUGGAGAAAUACAUAUUCACACAUGUUUGCAAUAUUUCUCGACAACCCCUAGCACCAAACAAAAUGCUAGAUAUUGCUUUAGCCACCGCCCGAGGAAUGGAAUACAUGCAUCAAGGCUGCAACCAGCGGAUUCUCCACUUUGACAUCAAGCCACACAACAUCCUGCUGGACUACAACUUCAAUCCAAAGAUCUCUGACUUUGGCCUUGCAAAGUUGUGUGCAAGGGACCAAAGCAUUGUUACGCUCACAGCAGCCAGAGGAACUAUGGGAUACAUCGCACCGGAGCUAUACUCUCAGAACUUUGGAGGGGUGUCAUACAAGUCAGAUGUGUACAGUUUCGGCAUGCUUGUGUUGGAAAUGGUCAGUGGAAGGAGGAACUCAGAUCCUAGUGUUGAGAACCAGGAUGAGGUAUAUCUCCCAGAGUGGAUCUACGAGAAAGUAAUCAAUGGGCAAGAAUGGGAGCUUACUUUGGAAAUGACAGCAGAAGACAAGGAGAAGAUGAGACAGCUGACUAUUGUGGCGCUGUGGUGCAUCCAGUGGAACCCGAAGAACCGUCCUUCAAUGACUAAGGUGGUAAACAUGUUAACUGGGAGGCUGCAGAACCUGCAUAUUCCCCCCAAGCCCUUUGUGUCGUCUGACAAUCGCCCUAUGCCACAAAACACGACAAAUACAUGA